UUCGUAUUUUUUUAAUGUAGUUUUAUUUUAGCCACGUACCGCCGUUCUCGUUGUUGCUUCUUGUUUUGUAUUUUCAUUCAUAUUUAAAUUCAAUGGGUCUACUCCUAGAAAGAAGUAUACAAUGCCUGUGAAAGCUUCUGAGAGAGGAGCUGAUGCGAUAAUCAAAAUGUCUGCAGGUGACACACUCACACCAGUGAACCCCAGUUACUUCAGCAUGAAGUACAUCAGUUUGGUUCUACUUGUGUUUCAAAACUGUAUGCUAAUCCUAACAAUGCGCUACACGCGCACUCUACCUGGCGACAUGUACUUCUCAACUACGACCGUUGUGGUCACGGAGGCGGUCAAAAUGAGUACGUGUGUUCUCAUACUACUUGUAGAGCAUAACUUCAAGAUUUUUGAGUUUGGACACUACCUGAAGCAGAACAUAGUUGACCAGCCAUUGGACACCUUGAAGGUUGCAGUGCCUGCAUUUAUAUACAUGAUUCAGAACAACUUACUUUUCAUAGCCGUUUCUAACUUAAGUGCAGCCACUUAUCAGGUUUCCUAUCAACUUAAAAUUCUGACCACAGCUUUGUUCUCUGUGGUGAUGCUGAAACGGAGCUUGGUAUGGGGCCAGUGGUUUGCGCUGUUUCUUUUGUUUAUCGGAGUGGCCGUUGUGCAGAUACAGCCUGCAGACCCCAGUAAAAGAGCCGGCGAGGCAGUCCACACGGAUCAAAGUCCGUUGAAGGGCUUGCUAGCUGUCAUAGCCUCUUGUGUCUCAUCAGGAUUUGCUGGCGUCUACUUUGAAAAAAUCCUCAAGGGCUCGAAAGCUUCUCUCUGGCUACGCAACAUUCAGCUUGGGUUACUUGGAGCGGUCUUGGGCCUAGGAGCAAUGUGGCUAAAAGAUGGGGAGGCUAUUCAGGAAAAAGGAUUCUUCUUCGGUUAUACUAAAUACGUAUGGAUGGUGAUUGCGCUUCAGGCCCUAGGGGGACUUCUGGUUGCUGUUGUUGUCAAAUACGCGGACAACAUUCUCAAGGGCUUUGCAACUUCUUUUAGUAUUAUCGUUUCUACUGUAGCAUCGGUAUAUUUAUUUAAUUUUUCAAUCAAUAUUCAAUUUUCGGUGGGAGCUAGUUUGGUUAUGCUUGCAAUAUUUUUAUAUGGAAGAUCUCAGGCAGAUUCUAAUACACAAAAAUAAAUUUUUAUUCUCUAAAAAUUUUUUAGUUUUUGAAUUAUCGUUUUGUGUAAAAUAUUUUUGGUAGGAACCUACUGAAUGUAUUUAUUUCUCUUCUUUCAUUACCAUCUUUUUUUUUUAGUUCCAGGUAAGCCCUGUCCAGAUUACCAUAUUUUAUUUGACAAAAACAUGUGACAUGCCUAAAUAAGGUCAUAAUGACAGUCUCUUGUCAAUAAAAUUUGGUUGUCUGGACAACCAAUUCUUUUGUGUGUUGGUUAAUUUGGGAUGGAAUAUUUUUUUAACAGUAUUAUGCAUUAUGACUAAUAAUUAGAGUUACAGUAUUUCAAGGGGUUUUUUUUAUUACCAAUAUUCAUGUGAACUUGCAAUGAGAAGAGAAAUUUUAUGUCAGUAUAGUGUGAUAUAUUUUUAUUAUUUAUCUUAGAGCUUUAUAUAUGUAAUUGCAUUUAUUGUUGCCAAUUUUAUGCAAAUUUGCAAAGUUGAGAAGCUAAAUAACUUAAGUAUUGAUUAGGAAAAUCUGUUAUAUAGACAAAUGCAUUAUAUAGACAGUGCAAGGAAACUACAAUGUCAUAAUUAUAGUGUGCAGUUUUUUAAACAAAAAUCAAUUUUUGUUUACCUGUUGGUUGCUUGUUACGAUGACCUUAUAAACCACAAAAGGAGAAGCAAUAUUACUAUCCUCAUGAAUAUUAAUUAGCUAAUAACAUUUUAUUGGUCAAUUCUACUCGAUAGUAGUUUUUACUUAGACGCAGGGAAGUAGCACUGUACUAGCCAAAAUAGACUACCGCAUAUUAAACUGCUAUGUAAACUGUAUGCAAACUGCAUAAUAUUACCCUCACAGUUCGAAAUGGCUAUUAAUGUACACGAACGGUUUUCCCAAUUUAUUUAUGAGGUCUGGUAAACAAAAACAACUAUCUUGGUAAAGCAGUGAAUUCUAUCUCCCUCGGUGUUAGACGAUUGGAACUACCUCCACUUCAGUGGCAUAUCUAGAAGUUUUAGAAUGGGGAUGCUGAUGAGGGGAGGGGGCGCUAAGUUGAAGUUGGGGUGCGCUAUUUUGAAGUGGGGUGCUUGAUGAUCAGUUGAAGGGCACUAACUCGCAAAAGUAGUUGAUUUUAGUUGAUUUUUAACUACUUGCAAGUGAUUUUUGGUGGGGCAUGCACCCCCGCGCACUCAUAGAUACAUCACUGCUCCACUCCGCUUCUUGUCGGAAGAUAGUCGUGAUCAUCCAACACCUUGGGAAUUAGAAUUUACUGCUUUACCUUAAAAAAUGGUUAAAAUUGUAAACUAUAAAUGUCAUAAAUUAUAUUUAUUGCUGUCCUAAUUGCAAUCAUUAAGUUUAAAUUUUGCUUUAAAAUGGUAUAGUUCCUCAAAACGAAUGUUCAUCAAUAUAAUCAUUACCGCAUUGGUUGAAACGGUUUGUGCUAAAGCACAGACAAUCAAAAACAACGCAAGUAAAUAUUUAAAAUAGUUACGUACCAUUUUCCAAAUGAAUUAUAAAAUUGAUAUUUUAUAUUGUAAAAGUGGCAAAAACAAGCCAAACCAGUCAAUCCUUGCAAAUAAUGUUUUUGAGAAAAGAGCCAAAGCAUGUUGGAUUGAAAAUUUUCAAAAUCUAUUUUGUCGAAAUACAUCAUGCAAUGUUGUUAUUUUUCCCAUUUUCAACGUUAAAUUAACAUUUUUUUAAUGAUUUAAUGAAGGUCGGAAUUUAAAUUAUUCUUUUACCAUUUUAUAAACUUUUAUUUUACUGCUUAACCCUGUAUUAAUAACUAAAAAUCAAUUUGUUUGCGAGGAGUGACAUUUGGCGUGACUGACACAAAUGAUCCUUAAUGAAAAUGGCAUUGUUGGUUUAUUAAUAUUAAUAGUUAAGUAUUACUCUAUGUCACAAAGGUAAUGUAUUACAUUUUAAGCUGUAUUAAUUUUUUAAUUGUUGAUGAGCAAUAAUGCAACAAAACUAUAGUAUUCUUUCAUAAAUGUGUAGGGUUAAGGUAAUACUUGUUUUUGA